AUGUCUCUCAGCCCCGCGUCCACCCUCGCUCUCACUUUGCAACCAGCCGCCGAGUCCGGGUCCGACAAGCAAUCCAAAGACUCGACCGCACCCGCACAGUACCCCUACGCCCACCUCCUCCCCCACUUCUCCCCCCAGACUUAUCCCCCGCUCACCCCUUUCGAACACACCGACCCCGGCCUCCGUGCUCUCCAACAUCCCGACCCCCGCGCCUUUCUCAGCAAUGCAUCCAGCAUAGUCGAUCUCACUCCAAAACUCGGCACAGAAGUACACGGUGUCAGCCUCGUAGACCUCGAUAGCGACGGUAGAGACCAGCUCGCCUUGGAGGUCGCGACAAGGGGUCUUAUCGUCUUUAGAGACCAGCACGACUUUAUCAACAAAGGGCCCGACUACUAUCGUCAAUGGGGUUCCCACUUUGGCAGGUUACACGUCCACCCCACAUCCGGGCACCCCCAGAACUAUCCAGAAAUCCAUCUCGUAUACCGCGACGCCAACAGCAGCUUCAACUUUGAAAUAAACGACUCCAUCACUUCCACAGUCUGGCACUCCGACGUCUCCUACGAACUCCAACCCCCCGGCCUAACCACCUUCUUCCUCCUCUCCCAGCCCACCACAGGCGGAGACACCCUCUUCACCUCCCAAUCCUCCACCCUCCAAAAGCUCUCCCCGCCCUUCGUCGCCUUUCUCCGCACCCUCAAGGCUCUCCAUUCCGGGGUCGAGCAGGCCGAGUUUUCCAGGAAGGGGAAGAGGGGCGGUGUGGUCAGGAGGGAGCCGGUGGAGAAUGUCCAUCCGGUGGUGAGGAAGCAUCCCGUUACCGGCCACGAGGCUUUGUAUGUCAAUAAGCAGUUUACGCGCCGGAUCGUCGGUCUCAAGCGUGAAGAAUCUGAAACGAUACUCAACUUCCUCUACGACCAUAUCGACAAGGCUGGUGAUUUGCAGGCUCGUGUCAAGUGGCAGCCUGGCACCGUUGUGCUGUGGGAUAAUCGAGUGACUGCGCACUCUGCCAUCGUCGACUAUGGCGAUUCCGGGGAACGACGACACGGCGCCCGCAUAACACCGCAGGCCGAGCGUCCCAUUCCGGCGCUUGAGGGGCUCGAGCUGGGUGCAUGAGAUAGUUGCAGUACUUAUUAGUUAAGUUAUCUUCAGAAUCAGAAAUAGGCAGAGAUAGGCAGUGGACAUUGAUAGGGAGUUACUAGUAGCUAGGGGGGUCCAAUGCUUAUGUGUCAUGCGACGCCGCGGUGUGAAUCCUAGUACGCUGAAUGGCAGACAAUGAAGUUGCCAAAUAAAUUCAAGGCGCCUCAUAGCCAUCG